GCCCGCUUCCCGGUACGCGCCAGCGUUAGCAGCGCACGGGAGCGCCGCGCGGCUGCGACACAAGCAACCGCCGCCCUGCCUGGGCCCAGCCCCGCUCCGCGCUCCCCGCCCUCGCCCGCAGCCGCCGCCGAAGCGCCGCCCGGUGCCCUCCCCUCGUUGCCCGUCCCCUCCCGUCCCUGCCUCCCCUCAGCGCCGCUCCCUCGCGAGAGGCGCCGCUCGCCGCCCCGCCCCGCGCCGCAGCCCCGCCCGGCCGCGGCUCCGGCGGGCGCAGAGCGCCGCGAGCAGCCAUGAUGGAAGGCUCGGACGACGGCCCAGAUUUCCUCUCGGAGGAGGACCGAGGUCUUAGAGCAAUAAAUGUAGAUCUCCAGACUGAUGCUGCUCUGCAAGUGGAUAUCUCAGAUGCACUCAGUGAGAGGGAUAAAGUGAAAUUCACAGUUCAUACAAAGAGUUCCUUACCAAAUUUCAAACAAAACGAAUUUUCUGUUGUCCGGCAACAUGAAGAGUUUAUUUGGCUUCAUGAUUCUUUUGUUGAGAAUGAGGACUAUGCUGGCUAUAUUAUUCCACCAGCACCACCCAGGCCUGACUUUGAUGCCUCCAGGGAGAAACUGCAGAAACUUGGAGAAGGGGAAGGAUCAAUGACUAAAGAAGAAUUCACCAAGAUGAAACAAGAACUGGAAGCUGAGUAUUUGGCAAUAUUCAAGAAGACAGUUGCAAUGCAUGAAGUAUUUUUGUGUCGUGUGGCAGCACAUCCUAUUUUGAGAAAGGACUUAAACUUCCAUGUAUUCUUGGAAUAUAAUCAGGAUUUGAGUGUUCGUGGCAAAAAUAAGAAAGAGAAACUUGAAGACUUCUUCAAAAAUAUGGUUAAAUCAGCAGAUGGUGUCAUUGUUUCAGGAGUAAAGGAUGUGGAUGACUUCUUUGAACAUGAGAGAACAUUCCUUGUGGAAUAUCACAACCGAGUCAAAGAUGCUUCUGCCAAAUCUGAUAAAAUGACAAGAUCACAUAAAAAUGUGGCUGAUGACUAUAAUAGAAUUGGUUCUUCAUUAUAUGCGUUAGGAACGCAGGACUCCACAGAUAUCUGCAAGUUUUUUCUGAAGGUGUCAGAGUUAUUUGACAAAACAAGGAAAAUAGAGGCUCGGGUAUCUGCUGAUGAAGAUCUUAAACUUUCUGAUCUUCUGAAAUAUUACCUUAGGGAAUCUCAAGCUGCUAAGGAUCUCCUGUAUAGAAGAUCUAGGUCACUAGUGGAUUAUGAAAAUGCUAAUAAGGCAUUGGAUAAAGCAAGAGCAAAAAAUAAAGAUGUGCUGCAAGCUGAAACUACUCAGCAAAUAUGCUGUCAGAAAUUUGAGAAAAUUUCUGAAUCAGCAAAACAAGAACUGAUAGACUUUAAGACAAGAAGAGUUGCAGCAUUCAGAAAAAAUCUGGUGGAGCUAGCAGAACUGGAAUUAAAGCAUGCUAAGGGUAACUUACAGCUUCUGCAGAGCUGCCUGGCAGUGUUAAAUGGUGACACAUAAGCUACGUUCCGUCCUCCCACUAACAAGGGCUGCCCUCCUCUGGAUUUUGUUUUCAUGACUUUAAAUAGGCAUUUACAGUUCCCUGGAGAAAACAUCUGACAAAGUGCACAUAAACAAGCUUCUUCUUUCAAAAGAAUUAAACACCUGAAAGUAGCUCCAGACUAUAUGAACAGCAUACUUGUUACACAUACCUAUUCAUGUUUAUUUAAUCAUUAUAUGCUUUCAUUGUUCAGAAACCAAAUGCUCGGGUUUUGUGAAAAUAGCCAAUAUAAUAAUGUUCAUGUUAUGAAUACUAUGAUACGGCUUCAAUCUUAUUUACCUUUGUAAGUAAUUUCUGAAGAUCACCAUUUGAAGCACAUUGUUCAAAUGGCCUAAAUAUUACCAUUAGAUAUUUGAAUAUUGUUACUAUAAUGGCAUUGUAUACACUUAGUUUUUUUUCCAUGUACUUAUAUCAAAAAACUUAUCUUUUUUUCAAUUGUGAACAUUUCUUAGAAAUUUUUGAGAACUUUGUGUAACCUUUAUAACUAUGAUUUAAAAAGAAAAGCAGAUGCAUUAGUAUGUUUGCCUUAACUUGUAGACUAAUCCAAUUAUUGUAAAAUAAACCAUGAAAUCAGUGAUUUUUCUAAAAUUAUGCAGACACUGUAUCAUCUAUAAGCUUAGUAUUUUCUAGUAAAUUAGAUUAAUUUGUUUUUUUCUCUAUUCAUCGUGUAAAAACCAUUGACUAAGUAUUGGAUUGGUCUGACACUACUCGCCCAGUACUUUUUCACUUGCAUUCUCAGGUUUUAUCUGUUUGUCUGUGACUUUCCUAUCCAGUGUACUUAAAUUGUUUUGAGCUUG